AGACAUGUGAUGUGAAUAACUUUCUAAGCCGCGUACCUCCUGAAGUCGUCAUUGAAGAAAAUGCGUCGGAAGUUGCCGCCGGGACUGUGUAUCACGCCUUCUGUAAGACGGGUUACAUCUUCGAUGGACAGAGCAGAGUUGUCUGCAACGCCGACGGCACGUGGAGUUUCGAUGCAAGCAUGAGGUGUAAUCGCUCGUGUGCUAACCCAUCUCUCGCAUCAGGAGUAAACGUAGUGCGCCAGAAUGCGGCGGAGAUGAGAUUUGCUUGCCAAAGCAACUUGGCACUCGAGGGUCCCGAACAGAUACAUUGCUCACGCACCGGAGAAUGGGACGCCAAGCCACCGGUAUGCGUCCAGCCACAAACUACGCCGGCGCCGGGCUGUGAUGUGACCGACUUUCUCAUUGCGGCGCCCUCCCGUGUCGUCAUUAAUGCGAGUGCCUCGGAGGCAGCCUUGGGCGCUGUCUUCGAAGCAUUUUGCGAUGACAAAGGCUACAUCCUGGAGGGACGCAGCAGCCGAGUUACGUGCAAAGCCAACGGAAUGUGGGACUUCGACGCAAAAAUGACCUGUGUGAAAGGUUGUACAAACUUCGCGGACCAAGACGAAAGACUCGUUAUAGAAGGUUUCCUUCCCAAGUAUUACCUUGGGGACAGUAUCACCCUCAGCUGUCCCAACGGAACUAAGUUGGACCCCCACGUCGAGAGGAUAACCUGCCUUGGAGACGGGUGGUCCGAGACCGAACUUCCUCGUUGUUCGGACACAGAACAAGAAAAUCCCAAGCAGAAGACGAGAGGAUCUUCCAAGUCGCGUGUUUCAGGUGUCAGGAAAGGUGGCCGCUAGCCAGCAUUGCCCUCAUUCUGACGAUGCCAACGCGUCAAAAGCAAAGUUCGCAGCAAUUCACGUGAUACCUGAUCAGACGCACGGCAUAGGCUAAAGUGAUAGACGCAUGACGCCAAGGAGCACCAGUGGUAAUGCGGAUUUCGGUCUUCAAAACCACCUACUCCCUUACACGAAAAAAAUAAACGAGUUUCAAUAGCAA